AUGGGGACAAACAAGUCGGCGGAGCUAUGGAAUGAGUGAUACGGACCUUCGGAACGCCAUUUUGGAUUUGAUGGAAUAAUCAAGAAGUGAAAUAAACAUAUAUUUUCGGACUGUAUAUCAAUAUCCUUGUUGCUUUGCUCAUUGUAGCAUGCAACAUUUACAUUUCUGUACAGGGUUAAGGCAUGGCUGACAGGCGAAAGCUUCAAGGUGAGAUAGAUAGAUGUUUAAAGAAAGUAGAUGAAGGUGUGGAAACCUUUGAGGAUAUAUGGAAGAAGGUUCAAGCUGCUACAAAUAGUAAUCAAAAAGAGAAAUUUGAAACUGAUCUUAAAAAAGAGAUUAAAAAACUCCAGAGGUUGAGAGAUCAGAUCAAAUCAUGGAUUGCCAACAGCGAUAUAAAAGACAAAUCUUCGCUUUUAGAUCACCGCAAAUUAAUCGAGACGCAAAUGGAACGUUUUAAAGUGGUAGAACGAGAGACAAAAACCAAAGCCUAUUCAAAAGACGGUCUAGGAGCUGCUGCAAAACUAGAUCCUCAGACAAAAGAAAAGGCAGAAACCACACAAUGGAUAUCGAAUGUGAUAGAAAGUCUCAAUUUGCAGCUGGAUCAGUUUGAGAGUGAACUAGAAGCAAAAGGUUCUUCAAGUAAGAAGAAAGGGAAAGUGGGGGAAGACCCCAGAAUAGAUCAAUUAAAACAACAACAAGAAAAGCAUAAGCUUCAUAUAGAGACAUUAGAAAAAAUAAUGAGACAAGUUGAUAAUGACAAGUUAGCAGUUGAAAAGAUUCGAGAUUUGCGAGAUGAUAUAGAGUAUUAUGUGGAAUCUAAUCAAGAUCCUAACUUUCAAGAAAAUCUUUAUAUUUAUGAUGAUUUAGAUCUGGAAGAUAUUGCACCUGAUGUUACUGCAGUGGCAUCAUCACCCACAGAAGGUGAUGAGUUCGCUGAUAAAAUUAUGAGUACGCCGUCAUCAACCAAUUCAAGUUCUCCUUCUCCUAGUCCCAGUGUAAAUGCCAAUCAUUCCAAUGAAAAGCAUGAUGAUGUGGAUAGAAAAAGACAUAAAUCUCAGUCGGAAGAAAAAAGUGCAUCACCUGCUCCUUCAGGAACCUCGAAACCGCCAUCUUUGGUGAAACAACAUUCACAAAACAAUACUAAUGCACAAAAUUCAGAAAGCAACUCUGUGAAUAGUAAUCAUCAUCCAUCGACAACACCGUCACCUUUAACAGCCUAUGCUGUGGCUGCAGGCGGGCAGCAAAACAGCGCGACAGGUUCUCGAUUUUCUCACCCCAACCCACCCUCUGUGUGGCAGCGUAGUUUAACUGCCCAAACUAGCUUUCCUAGUGAUACAUCCAAACCCUAUGUGAAUUCAGUUGAUCAUGGUUCAACAGGAAACUUGACAAGCAGUGUUACAUCUUCAAGUUCUACGAAUACUAAUUCUGUCUCUAUGACAUCAUCGGGAAAUCCGUCUGUGCCCUCUGCCCCAUCACCACAGACAGUGGCUGUUGUUGCUGCACCAUCUCUUAGUACCGUGAACUCAUUGGCUUCAUCAAGUAUUAACAAUUCCUCUCAGGUCCAUAAUAGUCGGACAGACAGUACGCCUGUUAUGAAUGGACCAAUUAGUGCAAAUGGUCCGACGUCACAAAAAAUUAAGAAUGAUGAAUUAUCGUUGCGAACAAUGGCCCAGCAAGCAGUUGCCAAUGCUGAAUUGGAAAAAACAUUGCCUUCAACUCAUGCGCCUGUCGAAUCUUCUACUGUGUACAAUAAUUCAUCUCAAGCUCCUUCACAAACCUUAGCUUCCUUAUCUGAGCAGUGUUCUGUCUUGUCAGAACAGCAGCUUUCUUCUCAGCUGCCACAACAGCAACAGAUUGUGCAAGCGCCAUCGACAAACACUAUACAUUUGAACCCUUUGUUAGGCAUGGCUCCGCUAGGUCCAGUUCAACUGGCCAAAGAGCAGCACUACCAGUCAGCAAUGGUUGAUGCAGCUUACCACCACCUUCCACAUCCUUCUGAUUCUGAAAGAAUGAGACACUUCUUGCCACGCAAUCCAUGUCCGACGGCAUCAUACUAUCCGUCAACUGCAUCUCCUCAUGCAGAUACUGUUGAGUUUUAUCAGCGGUGUGGUACAGAAACACUUUUCUUCAUAUUUUACUAUAUGGAGGGAACAAAGGCUCAAUAUUUGGCAGCAAAAGCAUUGAAGAAACAGUCCUGGAGGUUUCAUACAAAAUACAUGAUGUGGUUUCAGCGGCAUGAAGAGCCUAAACAAAUUACAGAAGAAUUUGAGCAGGGCACAUACAUCUACUUUGACUAUGAAAAAUGGGGCCAAAAGAAGAAAGAGGGUUUUACAUUUGAAUACAGAUAUUUGGAAGAUAGAGACUUGAACUAGUUGAGUGUACCAUUCUGUUGAGUCCAUUACUCUGUUCACCACUUCACUCAUACAUCAGAGCUUGUGAUCAGUUUUGUUCACUACAAUAUGCUACAACUGACAGCUACUGUCAUGCAACACAACAUCCUUGUUCUCAAAGAAAACCAAAGUAUUCAGCUUUGCAGCUAACUGGAUCUCUGACAUGUGCAAGUUCAUGUCUCAUCUUCCUGCCCCCUUCCCUCCCCUCAAAUGUGAUGUGUCUGAAGCUGACUAGAUGUUCAAUCCCGCCUGCAGUCUCCAGUGGGGCCGUCCAAAGAACAAAUCGUUUCCUCAUUUACCCACAGUGUACAUAGUGCCAACAUUGAGCAGCUCAAGAGGCCUGUACAACCAUGUUAGGUUCUACAGUCCAAGUUAAAGAUAUUGUGGUCAUGGAUGAAGUGAUCAUAUUGUUACAAUGAACAGACCCCUGCACCCCUCCUCACUGGCUGUGCAAUCCUGGAAUCAUUUAGUAGCUGUGAUUUAUUUGUCUAUAUAGUCAUGUCUUUUUUGUUUUUCCCGAAUCCAUACAGACAAUGCUAUCUUCAGCUUGGCUGCACCAAUGUUUUAAAGGCUUAGGUUAGGUGUCAAUGCAAUAUUUUUUUUAUUGUGUGUGUGUGUUUGUCUGAUGUUGAUGAAAUACAUAGCCCAGUUAUUUAGCUGUAAAAAUUGGUGCAGCCAAGCUGGGGAUAGUGUCUGCUGCACAUGGAAUUAUUAUGUAGUCAGUGUCUCAGAAGUAUUGCAUUAUGGCUCUACCUAAACUGUUUUUAACUGCUGCUAUAAACAAAAAGUACUCUAGUUUUGACCAGGUAAUCACUGCAUGCCUUAGGUUGUGAUCUAUCAGUUUUUGUAUGUAAUGUGUUAGUCAUGUCUGUGUUUUGGUCCAUGUAGAUUUUUUUUUUAUUUAAACAUCUCCCACUUUUUUUGGCAUUUUUUUUUUUUUUCAGCUCUUGGUUGCUUCUUGUUUAUAUUGGUAGCUAGAUAGUCACUGCUGAACUUUUGAUGCUUUUUUAACUGUGGAAACGCGUAGUACCUAAGUAGUAGACAGUAGCUAAUUAGUAUCACUCAAGUUUGUUAUCAUCUACUUUUUAUAUCCAGUCAACUUAUUCCAUUUUUAGGCAACUUAUUGUACAUUGAAACAAAAUUAUCAGCUUACUUUGACCAUACAUUUUUUUUUUCAUGAGUGCUUUUAUUACUAUUUAAUGUACUGAGUGACUACAUCAAUAUUUACAUGUUGUUUUUAGUUGUGUUCAGGGUAUAGAACAAUCUUGUUGAAAAGAGGGGUGUAGGAGGCUGCCAGUGUUUUCCAGGAUUAUUGUGGUUGUCUUUUGACUGAGAGAAUUGUGGGAUUGAUUGAAUAGUGUUAGUAAGAUUGUUGCUGUUUUCUUGAACUCAAUGACCAUUGGUACAUUGUUUUGUUUUGUUUAGCUCAUCAAUUCAUCAUCAUCCUCACACCCAUAGACAUAUCUGGAGGGAGGGGGGGGGCAUGGCACUAGCUGUGUUUUGUUAGCAGCAUUGAGGGAAAGAUGUGAGGAGUUCUUGCAUGAGAGCAAGUGUGAGACAAGUGUGCAACGAAGCAUAUUGCCUGAGUGCUGUGAUGUGUAGUAGGAAUAAUUUUGAUACAGAUAAAAUACAUUUGUGGAUUGAGUAGUUGAAACUAUGAUUUCUUUUGAUCUGUUGAGGUUUUUUUUUAAACAUUAUUUAUGUUUUUAAAAAAUUUUUUUUGUUCUUUUUUUUUUUGUGUGUAAAUACAGUUUGAAUGUUUUCUCCUGACAUCUUGGUGAUUAUAUAAAAAUAGAAUCUGUCGGAUCUAAUUUUGUCAAGUUUUAAAAUCAAUGUUUGAACCAGUAGAGUUCAUCGGAAGCAAGAAACUUUUUGUCAGAUUUGGCAGGUCCAAGUUGACACCUCUCUGUCCUUACACAUUAUUGUUAACUUAGUCUCUUCUCUCCAAGUCAACCUUUAUGUAUGGAAUAUAAGGUUACAAACACAAGUGAAAUGUCAAGUUUAUUCUUAACAAAACCUAAAAAGUGGCAGGUUCUGUUUUAUACAAACACUAGUGGAUGCCAGUGAGAGAGUGAAUGCUGUGUCAGCUCUGGAUUGGUAUGAUGUGGGAGUGUCAAGAGGAUAUGGAUCUUAAAGUUCUGGUGCACAUACAGCUAAAAUAAAAUGUCUAUUUUUGUACUGCUUGUUACAGCUGGUGGAAGUCUGAAAGCAGUCACUGGAGUUGUUUUUUUUUAAACCUUUUUUUUUUGAUUGUGUACAUAUGGUAACUUUGGUGACUGCUACAGACUGCCACUGGGUGAGGCAAUGGUGCAAAACAAAUCUUUUAAAAUAAACAAAAAAAAAUUAAAUGAUAAAAAAAUGUCUAAGUACAAAUGUUACAA